CUGACUAUUGCAAUGCAUUCUGGGAUUGUGUCAACAUCCUGUUUUGAAAACAUGGCGGUCAAAAGAAGGUUGUUAACUAACUUCUGCAAAAGAAGCUGCAUAAACGAAAUUAUGGCCCUAUCAGCAGCAGAAAAGCAAAGGCGAUAUCGACAAAGGCGGGACGAGGAUAAGGAAAGGCGCCAGGCUUAUUUACAGAAAGAAAAGCAAAAAUAUAUUGCAGAUAAAGCUGUUGGCAAGAAGAAAUUGAUAGGUGACUUAAGCGAGCGUGGAAAGCGGUUACAAAGAAAGCAAUGGAGGAAACGUCAAAACCUUUCAAGAAAGCAAUAAACAGAAAUGAACGCUGAAUGUUUACAAACACCCGCCAGUUCUACAGAAAACCACAAUGUUGCGUCAACGUCCACAGACACGGGCUCUACGUGCAGAAAAUCGUUGUCAAAGCUGAAAUACAAGCAGACGGUAGAAUUGAGAUAUAUGCAAAGGCAGCUGGAUACAGCUCAAAAGAAAGCAGAAAUGUACAGGAAGAGAUGGGAGAGAGAAAGAUCAAAGAAAGUCAGUGGAAGCCAGCAGAUUACACCAAGAUCUAGAACAAAAAAACUUCAGCAGAAUUUUUCGCGGUCAUCAAAGGAGGUUAAAAAAACUUUGAUGUUUCACAACUGUCUUAUUGACCAAAUAAAGCGCAAAUACAGACAGAAAACUGCACAUAAGAAAACAGUUAGUGAAAUUUGUUGCGGAAGCAUACUUAGAAAGUACAAGCUAAAAACGAUUGCCAUGAAGCAGUUUGGUCCGCAACAAAAACAGGAUAGAAAAAGGAAAGGGUCUUUGAUACUUAGGUUGAGAAAAAGUAUUCAAGAUUUCUAUGAAAGAGAUGAUGUGUCUAGAAUAGUCAGCGGUUACAAAAACACAGUUACACAGCAGAAAUACAAACAUCAGAAAAGGUUACUAUUGGAUUCAUUAGGCAAUUUACACGUGAGAUACAUGUCAGAAACAAACAUCAAAAUAAGCUAUACCAGCUUUACAAGAGCGCGUCAUUUUUGGGUGAAACAACCAAAGGAUAGUGACCGAGAUACCUGCUUGUGUAAGAAGUGCGAGAAUGUCAAGAUGAUGGCAGAGGUCUUAGAGAAAAGGGGCGUAAUAGGCACCCGUAACCUUGAAAGUUUGGUAAAACAUACCGCUUGUAAUACUAAAAACAAGAGCUGCAUGUAUAGCUCGUGCGACAAAUGUUCCAAAAAAGAAAUACCCAUGAAAAUAGAAGACCCAGAUUCAGAAGUGAAGUGGCCUGAGUGGAUAGCAUCUAAAGAGGAGAGACAAAUCAAGGGUGAAAGUAAACAAAUACAACUAACAAUUAAAGCUAUACAAACAGGCACUGUAGCAGCCCUUUGCCGAAAACUAAACGAGGAAAUGUUCAGCUGUUAUAAAAGGCACCAUUUCAAUAUUUUCAACCAGAUAGGUCACUACAAAUAUUUGAAAAGUAACAUGAAGGACGAUGAAUGCCUAAUUCACGUUGACUUUGCAGAAAAUUAUGUUGCAAAGCAGCAUAGAGAAAUACAAAGUAUGCACUUCGGUGCCUCUAAACCUCAAAUAAGCCUUCACACUGGAUUUUAUCUUGUUGGUGGAAUGACAGAAGUUGAAUCAUUUUGUGGUGUAUCGGACUGUUUGAGACAUGAUCCAUCUGCAAUCUGGGCGUAUCUCUCUCCAGUUCUGAGGGAGAUUAAAGUAGAACACACUCAAGUAACAACAGUUCAUUUUUAUAGUGACGGACCAUCUAGUCAAUAUCGCCAAAAGGGAAACUUCUUUCUGUUCCAGUCCGAGAUUUAUGAACAUGGGUUUGAGGCAGCAACGUGGAACUUCCAUGAAGCCGGGCACGGAAAGGGAAUUCUUGAUGGUAUAGGUGGAGCUCUGAAAAGGGCAGCUGACAGGGUAGUUAGUCAUGGCCAUGACAUAAUGAAUGCGCAGGAUUUCUUAAAUCAACUGUCAAGUACAAGCAAAGUAAAUAUUUACAAUGUUGAAGAGGCUGAUAUUACAAAGAGAAACAUUGCAGUACCAUUGAAAACAGUUCCAGGGACAAUGCGAAUACAUCAAGUAGUAACUAGAACUCCAGGAUCUCUAUAUGUCAGAGAUGUGAGCUGCUCCUGCUUUGAUAAGACAUGUGAAGGCCAUUCGCUGAAAAAGGUCAACUGUCUACCAUCCAAUUAUCACAGAAAAGAGACAUUAGAUUUGAAAGGCAAAAAUGUCGCGAAAUCAAGUAGUCAGAAACCAGAACACACUGAAAAGGUCUAUGUUCGUUCAGUUGAUGUGACAAACAAUGAACCAUCGUAUACGCAAAUAUGUAUAGGUUUAGAUUCACAAGAUUCACAAGAUGAAACACUUAGAGAAAUCCUCCCAUAUCAAACAAACUAUGGAAACCAAAGUCACACUAUAGAACAGGAUGUUGAAGAUAAUGAUGUGAUCCAGAAUAACAAUCAGAAAAGAAGUGAAGAAGAAAGUUUCAAGAAACAAGUUAGUUUUGAAAUAACGAGUGUUGAACACACUGAAAGCGAGAUAAUUGUGCAUGUGCUGAAGAAACAAAACAUAGAUGACAAUAACAAUCCAAUGCAAAAGUGACAUCUUUAUUGUAAAUUGACAUGAAAUAACUACCGGUACACAUGAACAAUGUGAUAAUUCAAUAGUGCUUUUUCUUGCAAUUCUUGAAUUUGAUCUAUCUUUAGCUUCACAUGUUAUCAAUACAAAUGAACAUGAAUAAGUAAAAUGUGGUACGUGUAUUCAAUGUUAUCAUUUAGCAAAAUGAUUCGACUAUGGAUACUAUCUAUAUACAUGUAUGUACAUUCUGUAUUCCAUGCAAUAUAUAUUAUACAAUUAUGGACUCUUUUAACUAUUGAAAAUAAUGUGAUAUUCACCAGAAUGAGGAAAUAUUGAUUGAGUGGAU